AUGCCUACGCCAUCCUCCAAUCCUCCUCCCGAUCCUCACUCGCCCCGAUCACAUAGUUUCUCGACAUGCCCAGAAGAUAGCAGCUCAAGAUCUCCACAGCGCAGCUGGCGGCCGCCGACCGAUGUAAGCCAGGCCCCUCCCGAGAUGGAUCCCCAUCACGACGACCGCAUGGACGACGACUCGUCGCCCGCCCCCGUCAGCGCACCAAUGUCACAAGCCGAGGGCAUGAGCACAGAGGUCAUCCUGGAUGACGAGCCCACAUCCGCCGUGUCGUCUUCAAGGUCUACCACAAUGUCGCCGAGGCCACAAUCGGGUGACACCGCCCACUCGUCACCAGCAGCCGAUAUCGAGUCUUUCAAGCACGCCGAGUCUGAUGAAGAGGCGCAGUCGGCCGGUGACAGGCUGAGAACGUCCCGGUCAGAUGGCGCGCGGCGGCAUGACUCCAGGCUAUCGCCGACUUCGGUGCAAGGAGACAGCAAGGGCAUGGAAAUUGAUGUUAACGAUGUGUGGGAAGAGGAGCUCAUGGCUCCGUCCAUGGGUUCUGACUUUUCCAACAUGCGGAUUAUUCCAUCAACGGCAUCUUCAUAUUUACGCCCUGGGAGCAAGUUCCACGGCACGCAACAAUCCGAGCGACAGGUAUAUGACGUGCAGGUCGAAAUCAAGCACGUCGAUCUCCGGGAGUCGUUUCUGUGCGGCUACCUGCGAAUUCAAGGCCUUACUGAGGACCACCCCACAUUGACGACGUACUUUGAAGGCGAAAUUAUUGGCCCCAAGUACAGCUUCAUCACCGGCCACGAGAGCUGGGGCGCCACCGAUAAGAUCGACCUCAGCCACUGGGGCAAGUUCAACGCCUUCCGCCCUCUCCAAAAGCAGGCACGCAAGGGCCCGGUGGUGAUCCGUGACGUUGCGCAGCGAGAAAAUAUCUUCAUGCGUUGGAAGGAACAUUUCCUUGUCCCUGACCACCGCGUGCGCACCAUCUCCGGAGCUAGUUUCGAGGGCUUCUACUACAUCUGCUUCAACCAAGUCAAGGGUGAAGUGAGUGGAAUCUACUUCCACUCCAAGAGCGAAAAGUUUCAGCAGCUUGAGCUCAAGCACGUGGAGGAUAGGGGCUGCUUCGGCGCCAUGGAAUUCAGAUGA